ACCAAAGUAUUAAGCUGCCGACUAUAAAAUAAGUUAGGCCAUAUGGAGCUGCGAUAACAAGCGCGGCAGUAUACAGAGAGUCGACGUUGCGAGCAGACCGCAAAUAAGUGUAAAAUAGCGAAAAGAAAAGUAUGACAAGAAUAAAAUAUAAGCUUAUUGACCAGCGAGAAAUCGACGACGAGAACCUCGAGCCUAAUGAUACAAACUCAGACCGAAUUUUCCUCAAGGCUACCUUUACGUGUGCCAUUAUUAUGCUCGUUGUCGUGUAUAACUGGCAAUUUGGAAAAAUCGUCAACUUCGGGCAACUGCUGAUCGAAAAACAGUCGAUGAGAUCAAAUCAUCAAAUGCCAUUAAGAGACAUUGAAGAGGGAAAAUUCAAGGAGCUUGCCGAAUCAACUAAUCAGGAGAAAAGUUCUACACAAGCGCUUGAGCCUACAAGUUGGACAUUGCCUAGCAAGAUAUUACUCGCCAAAACAGAUUCGACAAAGAUGAGGACUACGAUGCCACCCAUAAGGCAAACCACGUCUUCUUUAAUCGACGCACAUGCAGAAAUUACUCAUGCGGAAGAGUUAUCUACAACGACUAUUUGGAAUGCAAAUGCGACGGCUUUUGUAACAACGUCAAACACGUCAUCUACGACAAACUCGAUAACAGUGCGCACCAUAACACCACCCAGAGGAAGAACCACUUCCUCUUCAACAGUCGUGCCGGGGAGAACCGCGGCAGCUGAUUCCGAGAUAGGGGAUAAAUAUUUUGUGUAUACCUCUCAGUGUCAUAUGCCCAAGGUGAAUCCAUUUUCCGCAGAUGCGCUUAAAAUAUUCAAAAAAAAGGAAUACAACAUUUGUAAUAAGAGUCGAGAUCUAAUUACCGUAAAAUUCGAUAGCCAGGACAGUAGCUACAAACUCCAUAUGAACGAUGAGAGCAUUGGCUGCUGUUACAAGACUAUUGAACGUUCCGGAAGUGGAAAAAAGGCGGAUGACAACUACCUCCUGCUCCCUUGUAGUAAUUUUCACCAGGAUUUUGUGGUUCCACAGCAUGUGAAGGCCAUCAUCACAGAGUGUCAGAAAAUGAAUACAACGAAGGUGCUUCAAGAGGACGCUUUCGCUUUUGUUCAUCCACCUCGCAACAAUACCCCCGAUAAGUCGAUAAAGCUAAGCGUUCUUCUAUGGGGAAUCGACUCCUUAUCCAGAAUAAACUUUCAGCGUACCAUGCCAUUGACAUACAAGUAUCUGAGAGACCAGUCCUGGUACGAGCUACAGGGCUAUAAUAAGAUGGGCGAUAAUACGUAUCCCAAUUUAAUGGCGUUACUAACGGGCUACAACUCCACAAUGGCCUAUUCCCUUUGCAAGCCGAAGAACGUCGGUGGCUUAGACGCUUGUCACUUCCUCUGGAAUGAUUACAAGGAGGAGGGCUACGCAACCGCCUAUGCCGAGGACUGGGUGAAAUUUGCCACAUUUAAUUACCUAAAGAAAGGAUUCCUGAAGCCACCCACUGAUUACUAUCUACGGCCAUUUGUCAUGGCCAUUGAAAAGACAUUGAUGAGCAAAAAAAAAUCUGGCAUUCCAGACUGUAUUGGUCGCCGACACUACGCCGAGUAUAUCUAUGACUAUGCCAUUGACUUCACAAAAAUCUUUAAGUCUCAACCCUCCUUUGGCUUGUUCUGGACCAACUCCUUCAGCCACAACUCCUUCUCGUUGCCCUCCUCCAUGGAUAAGAGAACUGUCGAGUAUAUGCGCACACUGGAGAAGAACGGCAUCAUGGAAAACUCCAUCAUUCUCUUCUUCAGCGAUCAUGGCAUGCGCUUUGGACCACUUCGAAAGUUGAAGAGUGGUUUUCUGGAAGAGCGCAUGCCAAACAUGUACAUUUGGUUGCCCAAAUGGUUUCGCAAGCAAUAUGCCUCCUUUGCUCGAGCAUUGGAGCUAAAUAGGAACCGCCUGACAUCAAACUAUGAUAUCUAUGCCACGCUCCAGCAUAUAUUAAAAUUGAAUACGUCGGCCGCCGAUUUGCCUCGAGCUGAUGGAUGUCCCGAUUGCCACAGCAUUUUCUUCGAGAUGCCGGAGAACAGAACUUGUUCCGAUGCGGGAAUUUCCGAGCACUGGUGCACGUGUAAUAUGUAUGAAGAGUCUAAAACUAUAGAUGCGGUUGUGAAGAGGCUGACAUCACAAUUGGUUGAGGCUACCAACGAAUACUUAGUAGCCAGGAACCUUACAGAUGUAUGCAGCAAGCUGACCCUCCACAAAAUUGUUUCAGCCGAGACCAAGGAGCAGCUCGAUGCGAAUAGCAAUUUUAUGGCUUAUCGAGUUCAAUACGAAGCGAACCCGAAGAAAGCGCUCUUCGAGGCGACUACCAGAUGGAACAGACAGACGGAACGCAUCGACAUCGAUGUUAAUGACAUAAGUCGCUUAAGCAAAUAUGAAAAUGACGCCAAAUGCAUAACCGACAAGGAGGCCAAGAAAUAUUGCAUUUGCGCCAAGUGAGCGGAGGAAAUCAUGAAGAGCUACUAUAUUUGUAAUACUUAGGGUAUGGGGGCGUCCCCAAGCAGAGCAAUCGUGGCAUUUCUUCUUCUGCUGUGCCGGCUUGCCAUCAUUGAUAAGAAAAUAAUUGAUAAUUGGCUAGCAACAAUUAGCCAUGUUUCCUGGAAAUGCGGGCGCACUUACGCAUUUUUUGCGGGCUUUGCUUUGCCUACACCGAUCUGUUGAUAAGCGGACAAAUGGAAUAUGCGUGUUUGAAAGGUGCUAUCAAAUUGUGUUAAUAUGUAUGAGUGAUUACUUUCAAAUUGAACAAUUGAAAUACAUACUUAUGCACAAACAA